AUGCCCAAGGGCAGUACUUUGCCAGCGGAAGACGUUGCACCUAAGAAGCAUGCCGCGUGUGAUGAGUGCCUGUUAACAGUGUUAUGCACUGCAGGUACCCGCAAGUUGAAAUGCUCAGGCGAGCAGGCUGGCUGUCGACGAUGUGUCAAACAGGGCCUUGCAUGUCACUAUUCCAUACAGAAACAAAUGGGCCGUCCCCCCAAAAAACGAAGAAUGGAGGGUGAUGAUGGUCUUGAGAAACCAGAAACUCCUCCGAUUGACAUACUCACGGAGGUAGAGAAGGACUGGUCAACAGAUAACGUAACUGCGGAUGCUGUCCAUUUGAUUCCACAAUUGUAUCUGGGCGACAUGUCCCGUCAUAACAACACCCAGCCCCUCACUCCAGCUGCAUCAGCUCACCGCUUGAAACCGAUUGCCGCAACGGCUGGUCCCUGGCCCGACUUUGCAACGACGUCGGCCUCUGCUGCAAUGCUGUCGGUGAGCUCUGGACUCUCGGGUGUGUCAUACGAUGGGUCAUCAUCCUCUGGAGCUUCGGAGCACCCUCCGCAAUGCCCCUGUUUGUCCUAUCUAUAUCUCUGUUUGAGCACAAUUUCAAGUCUAAAUUCAUUUUCUAUCAAUUUCGAAACUAUCAAUUCUCUAUGUACGGCGGCCCGGACCGCACAGUCUGUUAUCCGCUGCGAAAUAUGCCCAUUAAACUUUGCCACGGGUGUCCAAAACGUGAUGAUGCUGGGAACCCUUUUGAGCGUUAUGGCGGACGCUUGGUACAAGAUAGCGCAGGUUGAUGCAGGCACGCUGGGAAGAGAAAUCACCUCGCCCGAAUUCCAAGAACUCAUCAUCAGCAACGAUCAAGACACCAAGGAAACAUGGCAGAUAUGGCUUCGACAGGUGCUUCGACGCGCAAUCAUUGGAGUCCCCAUCCAUAUUAAUCUGUGUCAACAAACUGUUGCUUGCACGAAAACACCAGACCUCCUUUCUCUCAUUCGGGAAAUGGAGGCCCGUCAACGAAAAUGGCAUGCCGAAGGAAUUUCACAAUUUUCUACCUCCUCCAAGGCCCCCUUUUCAUCUGAUGGUACACCAUCGUCAUUCUUAUCGUCAGACGUUAUGGGCAUAUCUCCGGGCUCCACUCCAAAUUCCGCCUCAAGCGGUUCAGUUGAAAGGUUAUCGCCUGACGAGGUUGAAAAGCAACAAGAUGUUGCGGAGCGCGAAUACCUCUGUUUGAAGAUUGUCGGCGCUGCGAAGCAUGUUAUCCACAAGUUUGGUUUUCUCCCUUCGGAGUAUCCAGUGGGUGUGGAUCCCAUAUAA